CACCAACCUACCUUUUCCCGUGGAGUUUUGUGUUUAAUUUUGCAGACGACGACAACGUCUUUAAUUUAGAGAUUCGUUUGGUUUAGGCCCUACAUGUACUUCAUCAUUGAGAGCUACGACCGUAGGUAUGAUUCGUCGAGACAGCCCUUCUCGGGCUGUGGCCUUGGACCUGAUUCUAAGAACCUUCAUGAAUUCCUCCGACUUCAACAACAUGCAGAGCAAGAACUGGGAUGCUAUAUCCAAACUGAUUCCCGGCUCUACACCACAAGAGUGUUCAAGAAGAUUUCAGGAGCUUCAGUCUGCGGCUGGCGACCUUUCCCCUGUAGGUCACCUCUCUGGCCUAGCUGCGCGUGGUAAGCCUGCCCCUAGAGGGCGCCCUGGUAGCGGAGCCUCAAAGUAUCAGCAGCCUCUUCAUCCACUGAGUACCAGCGAGGAAAAAAACAACGUAUUGAGGCAAAGCGACAAAGAGGAAAACCAGGAUGUAGCGGAAUCAAACCAACAGAAUAUACGAGGAAAUGAUAAGAGAGAAUCUGUGUUGGAGACAGAAAAGAAAACGCUAUCACCUGAUUCUUAUGGACCCAACAUGGUGAUUCAUGUAUGUGACGAGGCUAAAAAUGUCAAGAAAGAUUUUACCUGUCCUCGUGACCUCCUUGUCUCCGAGAUGCGUUAUUUCGCCGAGUAUCUUUCAAGUGAAACUCAGCGCUGGGAAGAAGUUGACAUCUCGGUCCAUUGUGAUGUACAAAUAUUCCACUGGCUGAUGUCUUAUGUCAAACGGCACUGUCCCGGCUCACAGACGAGACUGGUGCCAAAUCUGGAAGCAAGCAAUGUGAUUUCUAUCUUGAUAUCUUCUGACUUCUUGAAGAUGGAUUCUUUGGUGAGUGAGUGUGUUGAGUUCUGUCAUAAAAAUAUGUCUGCGAUAGUAGCAACACCCUGCAACAUGAACUGUAUCAACGAUAAACUAUGCACAAGGAUUGCUGAUCUCUUCACAGACUUGGAAGUGGAUGAGGUGAAAGACAGAAAAGAUAAAUUCAAAAGCAAGUUGAUCUGUAAAAAGAUAGAAGGGAUGUUCGAGGGCAACAAACCUGCUGCUACUUUGUACAGAUGUCAACACUGCAAGCGUCUCUUGACAUCAGAGCUUCAAUCCAAACUUAAGUGCGUUGCAACAAGGAUGAGUAUAAGCAGACAAGGGAAUAUAACAUACCAUCAUCAGAGAGAUCCAUCAUGGGACAUCAACGAUUACCUCCUAGGCCUCCGAGCAGACUGCAAAUCAUGGAGGGAGGUUUACUGGCGUCUCUGGGCCACCGUUAAUCACCUAACCUGCUCAAGAUGUAAGCUGGUCUUCCCUUGCAGUGAGCUGGGACACUGUAGGUUCCACCCGGAACUGGCAAAGUUCGACAACCUGGUGGAGACGGUCAAGUCGUCUGCUGUUGGGACGUAUGGAUGCUGUCAACAGAAGACGCUGAGAUUUGAUCCUCUUAAUCAGAACACGGGAUGUCAGGUGAGGGACCACAUUGUCAUGAUAAGCAAACAAGAUGAGACGGAUGCAGAGGAAGCUUCUCAUCAUUCCAAGCACUCUAAGAUGAGUAGAGAUGCAGAGAUCUUAGAUAUUCUCCUCCAACACAAAGACAUCAUGUGCAUUCCUCCCAAGUCUCCGGAACAGGAGAGAUGGCAGGAUAUCAAUUUGUUCAAGAGUGAAGAGAUGUUGUGUGGAACUGGGGAGGACGGCGUAGGGGUCAAAGGUCAUAUACAGAACAUCUUCCCUGAUGAUCAUCUGCCAGUGAGUAACCAGCCUGAUCACAGUAGGAGUCGGGACACCAUGGCGGGAUCCUCGUCAGACUUUGAUUCCAGCGAUGAUGAGAUGGGAGAUGAAGAAGUUACAGCCAAAGUUUCCAAGCAUCGUCAUAAGAGAUUGAUUCGUAAGAUGUCCAGUAAAUCCUCCAUGGGAAGAGACAAACACAACUCAGUCACGUCUGUAGACAGCUCUGCAUCAAGCAUUAGUUACAGGAGUCGAUGGGAUCCUGAACGCUCUCUGCGUUUUAACCAAGAUGCCCAAAGGGAGGAAGAUUUGAAGCGGAGUCAGAUGAUGGUGAACCAUCUAGCUAAGAUGAGAACGGACCUCACCGAGAGAAGCGAAAAGUCAAAACCGAAGGAGUUUGCUGGAGGGUUAUUCAGUCGACUUGAGUACCAGUUUAAAACCUCAUCACAAAUCUCCAAACCAACGUCGCAGGUCACACUUCAAAGGGCCAAAACGAGAGCUAAUCAGCUUCGAACAACUUGAUGUUGGAGGAUUUCCCCUGGCAGGAAGAGAUUAUUCUGAUUGCUGGUCAGUUGAAUUUUCUCAAAAUGUUUGAAGAUGAUGGUAGCGUGAUGAAGCUCUUAUGUAACUCUUGAAAAAAGCUUGUUUUUGUUUACAAAAGUGCACAGUGUCCUGGUUGUGUAAGUAACUUUAACUUAUUUUAAAUAUUGAGUUUGAUAAUUUUAUCUGUAUAUAAUUGAAAGUGUGUAAUAUUCUUAUAAAUGUUCAAAGUUGUGUUUUUAAUCCAGAAUGAACCCGAUGUUCAUUGUGAAGAAAUUGUCUUUAUAUUAUUUGUAUUUUUCUUUGUAUUUUUAAUCUUCACACAUAAAUACAGAUCGGUAAUUUGUGAUGAUUUUUACUGAUUUUAAAACUGUCCUGAAAUGGAUUGCAUAUGGCCAUUAGAUUUCCUUUUAGGCAUCAAAUUACUUCAAAUGAAUGAGACAUAACCCAUUCAGUUAUUCCCCCAAAAUUACCAGAAUAAUCACUUUUAGAAAGAAAAAAAAGUCCAAGUGUUAAUGGGACACAUUUGAAAAUACAAAUAUUGUCCUAUACCUUUUUUUUACCCUCUUGCUUAAAGGAACACGUUGCCUUGGAU